UGAUGCAGUUUGCUUUCGGAUACUAAUUCGUUCUUAAGCAUUAUUUCUGUUACUACUAGGAAAAUAAACCGAUUUAUAGAAAAUAUGUAUUAGCUGGAAACCAGAAAAUUAUAAAACAUUCAAAUAAUUGCAGCUUACACCAUUAUUCUUGCUAGUGUAUCACAUCAAUGUUUGACGUUUGUUGCCGUGGGGGGAGGACCAAUGAGAGUUGGCUGCACUGGUUGUUGAAACGGAGAGAGGGACGCCUUCGCUCUCAGCCGGAAUAUUGUUUAUAUUUUGUAUUUACAUUUUCCUAUGAGUGCAUAUGAACAAGGGGUACAGCUUUACUUGGAUAGUUGCACUUUAAAGAAUUCCGUUGGAUUUCCUCCGACUCCUGGAUUUUGUAUUACUUCUGUACCAAUACUGUUGUUGUGGAGGUGUAAGAUUAGGUCUCUCUCACUCCCCGCCUGCCCCCCUUCCCCUCAGGAUUACAGUCAUGAGUGCAGUUGAAGCUGAACACUUUUCUCUUAGGUGGAAUAAUUUUCACAGCAAUUUAGCUACUGGUUUCCAUGCUCUUUUAGAAGAAGUUGACCUCGUUGAUGUUACUAUAGCUGCUGAGGGACAGUUUGUGCAGGCUCAUAAGAUAGUGCUGUCUGUUUCCAGCCCAUAUUUCAAAGAGCUAUUUAAGGUCAAUCCAUGCAAACACCCAAUAGUAAUACUCAAAGAUGUUUGCCACAAGGAAUUGGUGGCAAUACUACAGUUCAUGUACCAAGGAGAGGUGAAUGUGAGGCAAGAAGAACUGGGAGCUUUCUUGAAAACUGCAGAAUUACUGCAGAUCAAGGGACUCACUGGGAAUGAACCACCUUCAGAAGAUGUACCACCAACACCCAGAAUGCGCAUGAAACCUGAUCCUCCCAUCAGUUCAGAAGAAAAUGCACCUCGUGCCUACAAACGUCAGCGUACUGAAAUGCCUGUGCAGAGUGCUAUGAGGACACCACCGAACACAUCAUCUCGUGUCAUGUCACCAGCACCACAUCCGGCUCCGCCUCCAGUGACAACUCAGCCUCCAACACCAGCCCAGCCACCGGCGCCAGUACAAGCUCCAGUACCGCCUCCAGCUUCAGCCGCAGCUCCCAAUCCAGUUAGUGUUCCAAAAGUAGCACCACCGAGUCCCGAAACCAUUGCAGAAGAGUCACUUCCAUUUGAUAUGCGCGAUGAACACAGACCGAAGGAAGAACCGGCUGAUUAUGAAUCAGACAUUGAAGAAAUUGAGUGCAAAGUGGUACAGAGUAGCAGCUCUCUGAACCAAUUACUGCAUGGAGAGAGCAGUAUGCUGAGUCAGGGUUCUCCACAGAAUUCAUCAAAUUUAUUCGCCUCACUAACUGGGAUUUCACAAGAUUCUGGCAGUUCUCAGGAUGGUGCUCAAGUGUGGCCACAGAAGUAUAGCUGUCAGUGGUGCGAGAAACAAUUUACAAACAAGUUCAACCUGAAAGUUCAUGUCCGCGAUGCACACAGUGCACAAGGGUGUUUCAUAUGUAGCAUUUGUGGUAGAACAAUGAAAAAUCAGAGUUGUUUGCGAGUACAUUAUUAUCAGUACCACAGGAAGAAAGAAGUGUGAGAUUUAUUCAUUUAUGGAAUUUUCUCAGGUGGUUUCUACAGUAUUCAUAAAACACUCAACAGUCCAAUAAAAUGUUUACCAUAAUGUGCUGCCUUAGAGUAAAGUAUAUUUAUUGUAUUACUCAUGAUAAAUUGUAUUUUGAAGUUUAAUUGUGGACGUAUGGUUUUGAAGAGUACAACUUCCUUUUAUGGUCAAUGUCUGAUAGAUUAAAUAAGUGAAAAAGCACUUCUGUUAUCAGUAACACUUCUAAGCUGCAAAAUUCACUAUAGUUUAUUCUCUAAUAGAUGAAACUAUUGUUUUCUGAUUUAUAAUGUCAACUGAAAAAGAGACAGAUUUUAAAAAUGGCAGUGUUACAUUGAAAACUGUGUAUUUCAGAUAACAAGAAAUGGUGUAUUUUAUGUGUUAUCAGUCAAGUGUAGCAGAUAUUUCCUUUAGUUUUCUUUUAUAUUUUUUGUCCUGACUGACAGACACUUGUGACAUUGUUUGUAUUAAGAUGGUGAACAAGACCUUACAUAUUUGGUGCCUCAUACAAUGGAUUUGAUAAAUGCUUCAACUUCAUUGUGUCUUUUAUCUACUGUAGGAACCAGUCAGUUGCCAGUUUUAUCAGUAAAUAUCCUUUGUGCCCUACAGUGUAAUUUUUUAUCACACUGUUACAUCUUCUUAAGGAACAAAUUUAUGAAGAUAUACAAUAAUUUUAUGGUAUGCAUCUGCUAGUUAUACUUUCUCAUAGGAUUAAGUGUAGGAAUUUGAUAGGAAUAUUGAGCAGAGAACUUGGUGUAUUGUAUUGCUCUAAAGAACAAAAUGUUGAAAUUUUCAGCAUCAUUCCCAUAACAUAGUUUUUAUAUUUCCAUAAGGCUGGAUUUUCAAUACAUGCCCAUAGUAGAACUGUCAUGUUCACAAGCUGCCUCCAGACUUCCCCUGAAGAUGUAAACAUUUUAUCAGAAUGAUACUUUGUCUUUAUAUGCCCAUCCUUUUGCUCAUGUAUCAUCUUCUGUCUUCAAGUGCCUUUACAACACCACUUUCCAGAUUUCUGUAAUAUCUAAUAGUUAUAAAGUAACUUUUCAUUUGUUCUGAGAGUCAGCUGCCUUUAAUUUAGCUGGUAUACCAUCCCUAGCUGUUCCUUUUUUCAAAAAGCACAUUGAAUCUAAACCAGAUAUUUGCCUUGUUCAAGCAGUGCACUAUGGGUUGUACUAACUGCAAAUGACAGAGAAUGGGAAGAAGCCUACGGCAGUUUGGAGAUUUGAGUCAGCCCAGCAGAUGUGCUUGGAUAGAGCGAUUGGUAAUAAGUUAUCCAUGAAACUGAAACAGGCAGCUAUUAGUCUCAGCCCAGGAAACAAUGUUAUUUUAUCUCUUAUCAACAUGUAAGUUUAUUAGUAAAAUUUGAUUCUUUUUUAUUAUCGCAUACUGUCACUAAAUAUAGUUCUAAAAGGCUAGAAGAGAGAUGGCAUCCUUUCUUUUCAAAAGGCAUGAUCAUCACAUUUGGCUGUACAAAUACUUUAUUUACAGGCCCACUAUUGAAAUAUCAGCCUCUGCCAUUUUCAUGUGAAAUAAUGUUGUGCUAGUGAUUUUUUUUAAUUGAUGGUAUUACAUGUCACCAUUAUAUUGUGCAUCUCCAAUGGCUGUAUGUAUAUCACUUCUGAAAUUAGUGAGUGAAUUUAAGUCUCCUCCUUUGCCUGGGAAAAAUGUUGCAGUUUCAUAAAUAAAGCAUGACUGUUGUUGAACCAAAGUAGAAAAAAAGUAGGAAGGAUUACAGGUACUCAUGAAAAGUAACAAUUGUCAUAAGCUCUCUGGUAAAAGAUGUUUGACAGUGGUGCCAGAUUAUCAGCAAAGAUUCAUACUACUAAUAAUGAGCCAUCAAUAAUAGCUUUCCUAUUAGCUCCCCUUCCACCAUCAAUUCCACUCACACCUGUACCAUCUUUUUGUCAAUAUUUUUCAUUUCUUACAUGUGUGUUCUCUGCCCUUUUUUUUAAUUUCAGUUGACAAAUGUGGCCUGUUGUGUACCCUUUCUUGUCUUUCUUUCAUAUCAGUCUUUUUUUUCCAGAUGAAUUAAUUUUUAAAAUUAUGCAUGUGUUGGCCAUGAUAAAGUUUUUUUAGUUCCAUCAACUGGUAGAUAGUACUUUUUAUCAGUAGUAUUUUUAGUAAACGGUGAAUGUAUCCAGGCUCAAGUUUAAGUUUCUCAUUUCCCUCAUAAAAUGGAAUUUGCAAAACUUGGUAAUUUGUAUGUGUGUUUUUCUGGGGGGCGUCUAAUGUUUACUUUUGUGAACAUUCCCCCAAUGCUGGUGGGUUUUUUUUUCUGUAUCCUCUGUUAGUAUAGUGGAAAAAAAAUCGAAGUGAUCUAGCAAGAAUAGUGUAAUGACUUAUUCAGUAUUCAUGUUUUUUAUUUUUCUUUAACUUGUAUAUACUUCAUGUCAUGUCAGCACAGCACAUUUUGGUAUUUUGCCAAAUAGUAAUCAGUUUUCAUACAUAAGAUUCAAUCACUAAUUUCAUGAGUUGUGGUGGUACAGUGUAUUGAGGAACUAAAAAGCAACUAAAAUUAUUUGUUGGGAGGAGGAAGACUACAUGGUUUUCAUAGUUUUAUAUUCAUUAGUAGGCUAUUAGAAAUAAUUAUUUUUUAAUUUCAUAACUCACUGUUAUGCAGUUCUUAGAAAUGUCCACAAGAGAUAACUAUCUUACAAAUAUUCUCCUUGAGAAAAUACCAAUGAGAGCAACUAACAUUUGUUUGUUGUUUUCUUAUGAAGAGUUCCAGGAAGAUACCUUCAUUACACUAUCAAUAAAAUGCUGCAAUUGUAAAUAAAUAUGUAGUUAGAAAAAUCUGAAACCAUCAUCUUUGUAUUACUUUUCUACAGUGUCAAUUAAGAGUUUGCCAUUUAUGAUAUCUCUACUAGUUGCCAAUUUUUCUCUGCAUAAUUUAGUGCUAUCUGAAUUUACUGCUAAUCCACAUUAACAUCUUGGAGCUAUUUAUUGGAUCAAAGCUUUAGGAGUCUAUACACUUUUUCAUGUACAUGCAAAGAUGGAAAUCACUUUGACCCAAAUUUGGCCAAUAGGGACAGUAUUAAAAAAGUUCUGCUUAAGAUAAAAUAAAAAUUCCUGUGUUUUCCAACCAGAACCAGGAUGUCAGCUCGAAUGGGACAUGUUCAUAACACCAGGAAGUAGAAUUUCACAUCAAGUGAAUUUGUGAUCUGGUUAAGAGAUAUGAUAAAGUUCCAGCCCUGAAUAGUAAUUAGGUAUAAGGAAUAUAAAGGAAUACAUUUAAGAGUUUGCCAGUAGAUUUUCUAUAAUUAGUCCAGUAUUUUAUUUAUAGCCUAACAGAGUUAGUUUUUAGACUUUUUCCAAAAGCUUAUGAUUGUUUCUUUGAUGUUGAAUUCCAAGCAGAAAAACUAUGACAAAGUGAACUCUGUUUGUCAUUCAUAUUAUUUUGUCCCUCUUGCCAUUUUACAGCAUGAUAUUUCUGAACUAGAUAAAUUAGGACAUUAUUUUGUGUAUUGCAAAACAUGAUCUUCUUUGUAGCCCUAAAUUAGAUUUAAGUCUCAACCUUAGUACAAAAUAUGACAAUUAAUUACUUCCCAUUUUUAUUUUAUGUUACAUUUUGGAUGAUAUGGUGGACCAGUAGUUUGUUAAUGAUAUCUUAAAUGUUUUAAUUCUUGUUUAGUUUUUAGAAGUUAUUGUCCUAAAACACAAUGUAAAAUAAAUAAAAUGUUGUACCAGAGAUGGAAGUCAUAUACCAUAAUAGUGUAUUCUAUGUAGAGUACUCAUCAGAAAAAUACAUUGAUGGUAUGUUUUUGCUUGCCCACAGAAAAUUUUGAUGUGUAACUUACAGGGUGUUUUGGAUUACUAUGAUAUUAAUCUAACAGUGGAAACUCCAGGUUCGAAUAUCAGUAAUGUAAGGAAAAGAUAGAUUGCUACUUUCUGUAAAGAUGAUAUGUUAAGAUGCAGACAGGCAAAACCAAAAGACACUUAUACAUUAGCUUUCGGGCACAGUCUUCAUCAAAAAAAGAAAAACACAUUCAUCCACACAAGUAAGCACACCUUAUGCAUACAUCACCACCAUGUCUGGCAGCUCGGACUGGAAUUCCAUAAUUCCGGUCCAACCUGCCAGAAAUGGCAAUUGUGUGCAUGAGGUGUGCUUACUUGUAUGAAUGAAUGUUUGUUUCUUUUUAUGAUGAAGGCUGUGGCCAAAAGCUAAUGUAUAAGUGCCUUUUGGUUUUGCCUGUCUGCUACUUAACAUGUCAUCUUUAUGAUAAAUAGCAAUCUAUCAUUUCCUUACAUUGUUUGUAGUAUUAAUCUGAAGUUUGCUUGUACUCUCACCACAGAGCACAUGAGGACGGUUCCACCAACUUCACUUUAUUCUCAUUUCUGGCCUGAAGGAGGCAACUGACAGGCUUUUCAGAUGAUUGUGUGAAAAUUUACAAGAUAUAAAGACUGAUAUAAUAUUACCAUUACUAUAAAAGCUGUAAAAGCUUAUGGUCUGUCACCUAGUUUCCAAUAUACAUAUUUGAUUGUAAACAAACAGCCCACUAAAAGUAAAACCCACAUGCACAUGCACACAAUGGUAACCCUGACUAUUCAUGGACAGCUGUCUGAUCGGGUUGGUUUGGGAGAGAGGUAAGGAUUGGGCAUCUGGAAGGGGCAGAAGGACAAAGUUUUGUGGGUUAUUGUGGGCUUACAGUAGUUAAUGGAAGUGUAUGAGUAGCAAAUAGUGUCUCUCAGGAGCUGUGGAUUGCAGGUGUGAUUGUGGAUAGGAGGUCUUUUAUAUCAAGACACGACAAGUAGUAGUCUAAGCCUUGACAUGACUUGUGUAAGUUAUUCAAGACCUGUGUAGAAAUGGGUGCUGGGUAGAGUACUGUACUGUCAGUAGCUAUUUUGCAGAGAUUACACAGACUAUUUAUGAGAUUAUGAUAUUAAAAGAACAAAUAGCACAGAAAAUCUGAUUCUGAACUGACUGUACGGGAUAAUGUUUGUCUGCCAAAGUUCCUGAGGAGUUAUGAACAUAUUUGGAUAUUGGAUAUUUUGUGUACUUCUUACUGCAAAUGGGCACACACAGGUGAUGUAUAACAACUGACUUCUGCCAAAGUUGAGGUUGUAUUGGUAUAUUAAAUAAAGAUUUUCACACAGGCAUUAAGUGGGGGGGUUGGUCAUUUCACUGAGGAGACAUUGUGAAGAGGAUUUAGGAGAAGCUGUUGAGGUUCUGAUGGAAAGAGCAAGGUAUUUCAUUGUCAUGGGUUAUGAUAUGGAAAAUGAAGAACAGCUCUGCAGCUCUUCACAAACAUGCUUCAGAUGGUCUUUGUUAGCUCCGUAACCUACCUUGUGAGGUGAGGGACCUAUGUGUUAAUGCCUUUCUCCACAUCAAAAAGGCCUACUGAAAACAGUACCUCUAUCCGUCCUAUGUGAAAAGUUUUUCCACUAUGGGCCAAGCAUCAAUUUGUGUCCCAUACGCAUUUGGAAGCAGAAGUUACCAAAUUGGCUGAUACUGCUUGAACUCAUACAAACAGACCUCAACUGCAUCCAUCUUUAGUGGUUUGAUGACUAUCUGUUAUCACAAUGAUGUAUGAGGAUUAUCCACCCAAAAUCCUACCUUCAUCCACCAACGUUGUAUUUUAUAGCAAACCAUUUAAAAUAAUUCCUAUGCAUCUCCCAAUUCUACACUUCACAUUCUUUCUUGUCUACCCCCUCGCCCUCUUUCCUCUGCCCAGCUGGACAACCAGUAAUAGACAGUAUGUGUUAAUGCAGCUGGAGAUGUGGAUUUGUAUAUUUUAUACUGGAAAAUGUGUGGUGCUUUGGUUUCAGAGCUAGAGGAUUGUUUUAUUUUAUGUGGUUGUCUGUUUGCCUUUCAUCAUUAAUCUCAUGUAAUUGUGUUUGAUGUUUCCAUGCUGCAUUUUCUGUUAUUAAGACAUUGACAUUUUUAAGAAAGCAUAGUCUUAACAUUACAUACCUUAAUUGUUUCUUAUUUUCAGUACAUUCCUUUUAUUUUAACAAAAAAUAUAAACAAUGAAAUGAGUGAAGCUAACAACUCAUCACAAAGUUGACACAUUGAGCAGUUGACAGGCACACAAAUAAAACUAAAAACAUUACAGAUCUUUUGGACAAUCUUGUUUGAUUGAUUGAACCUAAUACCCCUCCUCCGCGCCUCUCCUUUCUCCCAAAAUCAUACAUACCUGUACAGUCUGAUUGUCCUGGUCCAGACGAUUGUAGCUUGUUUAUGUUUGUGUAUUAGUUACUGGGAUACCACUAAUGUAGAUUUUUCUUUUUACCCUAAUUAGCUCAGCAAUGUUUUCAGUUUUGUUUGUGUGUCUGCCUACUGCUCAAUUACUCAGCUUUUUGUGAGUAGUUAUCUUCUUCCAUCCUGUGUAUUCCAUCUCGAACUUUCUAGUACCUUUUUAAAAUAUUUGAUGGAUCUGUGAACUCGAUAUUAAAUUUAGUUUCUUUUACAGAUGUUUCUAUUUUUGUUCUACUGACUGUCAUUUUUAAGAACAAAAGUAAGAGAAAAGACAUCCUUUCUUAGUGCUGAAGAACCAUUGCACAAGAAAUAAAUACAAAACACGUUUGAGAACAUAGAUUUUCAUGGUGACAUUCUUGGGUGAAUCCUUCAUAGAUUUCUUGCCACAUUGACAACUUUCUUCAGUGCCAUUGACCAGAUUUAUCUUUAGGCCACAUAGUUCUUUGUUUCGUGGGCUGAAUUACAUCAUGGAGCUGUCAUGAAAUUGCAUAACUUCCAUAUGCUACUGGAUGUUAUGUCGAUAGCUAUGGUAGAACAACAUUCAUAGUGACCUUGAUUUCAUUAAAAUCUUGAGAUUGAAAAUCUGUGGAGCAUUUAUUCAUAGAAAUCAGAUUUUGAAUACUGUUGUUUAGCUACCAAAUUUAUGAUCUAUGUCAGUGUGUGUGUGUGUGUGUGUGUGUGUGUGUGUGUGUACUUGUUUCUUUCUUAUUGUGUCUGCUGCUCAAAGCCUCUUGUUUUGGUGAAUGGGAUGUCUCGCCUUGUAUCAUUAUUUAUGUUCCACAUGGGACUUUCCCUAAUAUUUUUAUGUCAGAGAUUUACUUGUUUUAUACAUAUGCAGGUGUUUGGAAAAUGUAAAAAGAUUAACUGCAAUGUACUUUGUUGCAUUUUUUUUUCAGACACUAUUGGUAACAUUUUGCAUUGUUGAAUUUUUUUCAUUUUGUAUCCUUUCCUGUAUAUAUUUUUUCAAAGGACACAGCCAAUGUGGCCUUAUAUGUGAAUCAUUUUCUUAAAGGACUGAGAAAUUGCUUCCAUGAACAUUAUUUUAAUGGUUUUGUCUGAAUCUGUUUUGUGGAUUAGAUUUAAUGCUACAACUAGAUUAUUUUUCUAUAUACAGUUAUAAUUUUGAAGUCAACAUUGUUAUUUAAGUUAAUUCAUUCUGAAACAGAUCUGCCGUUUUCAUUAAAUCCCUUUUGAUGUUUACUUCUCUAUACACCAUUUAUUAAAUUAAAUUUUGUUAAAAAAUUUUAAGCAUUUUAUAGACAGCUGAGAGGGAGUAUUGUAAAGAUAUUAUUGAAAUAUUUUGUUCUUUUGCCUGGAUAAAGUAUACAGCUUUAUCAGUUACAUUCUUUUGUAAUUUUUAUAGUCUUUGGUUAUGAUGAUUUCAAAAGUAAUUCAAUUGUUUUCAGUGUUUUAAUUACUUCCAGAAUUUAUGUAAGUGGCAAUUUUUUGUAAAAUUUAAUUGAGUUCUGGACAAUUUAAAUGUUUAAAACUACUUCUAGCAUUAAAUAAGAUAAGUAUUAUUAGUUUAAUGUUAUUUAAAUUAUGGUAGUUUUGUCUUCGUAUAUGUAAAAGUUAAUGGCUGUUUCAUGGUAACUAUAAAAUUUAUUAUUACUGCUCACACACAAAUGACUUAAUGUAAUGUUUGUGAGUUUUUCUUGUUUGCAACAAAAUGUGAUUUUUCAUUACAAUUUAUUACUAUAAUCAUUUAUUUUAUUAUUAUAACGAUUGUUCCCCUUUAGGAGAGCGAUUGAACUUGAAUUCAUAAUUUCAUCUUCGGAUGUUUUUCUUCUUUGCUUCCCAAAACCUCCUCAUCCUCUAUAAUCAUUUGUUUAUAUACUAGAUAAUUUAUUUUCUGCACUCAUUUUUAUUCCUGUAAGAGCUAUUCCCUUUUUUUGCUAUUGAUUAUUUCAUUCUGUUUAAAAAUUUUCAUUAGCUUUUUGUGUUCUUUUAAGUCCGCCUAAGUAUUGUAUUUUACUAAUUUUUGUGAUAAUUGUGUGCUUUCUUAAGACAGAAAUUUAAUUAGAGUUUAGUACAGGUAAUAAUGAUAGCCAAUCUCAUCUUUUUGUUGUUUACUUUAACAUUCAUAAUUUAUUAAAUAUUUUUUAUGAUGUCUACAUGUGCUCUGAAAUUUUCCAAUUAUGUAAUUUAGUUGUGUGCUUUUUGUUACUUCAUUUUCUAUAAGGGUGAAUCCAAAAGUAAUAUCUCCUGUGUGAUAAAAAAGUAAUAAUAAACAUAUAACAGCAGAUUAAAUACAGACGAUAGCCUUAAAUGUCAUCUACACAACACUACUGUUCAACAUAGUCACCUUGCAUCUGUACACAUUUGGGCCAUCAAACCCUUGUUGCAGUUUGCAAAAAAUUCAGUGUUUUGCUUCUUGACGAACAUUUUAAAGACAUUUUAACCUCAUCCACAUCACUGAAUCUGUAACCAUGUAGGUUCUCUUUCAUAGGUUCAAACAGGUAGAAGUUCGACAGGAUCAAAUCAGAGCUGUGCGGUGCAUGAGACACCACUGACCAGCCGAUUCUUCCUAUCACUUGAGUUGUGAAAAAUUAUGUUUGGUGUGUGUGUUACUUCCACCUCAAGUUUCUUAAAUGUAGUUGCAUAUGUUUCGCUGUUGAUUGUGGACUCUGAUGUGUCUGUCUCCUUGAAUCAUUUUAUCAGCAUGUCCUCGACUGGUAUCUGUGACGGAUGCUCUGGGCCAGCCACUGUGUGGUUCAUCUGCAAUGUCCAUUUCUCUGUUGCCAAACUAAUUCACCCAAAUACCCACGUUGCUGAUGCUCAUUACAGCAUCCUCAUACACAUCCUUCAUGGACGAGAUUAAAACAACUUUAAAAUCUUGAGUCAUGAAGCAAAACUCUGAAUUUUUACAAACUGGUUUGGAUGCCUGGGCUCAGUACUGGGGCAAACGUGCAAAUGCAUGGUGUCUAUGUUGAAUGAUAGUGUCAUGUGGAGAGGAGUUCUGGCUAUGAUCUGUACUAAUUCCACUAUUAUAUGUUCAUUAUCAAAUUAAAUAAUGUGAUACAGGAAGCAUUAUUUUUUGAUCCACCCUCAUAUUUAAGCAUAAUGUACUAAAUUUUUUUGAACUUUUACUUUCUCAUUUUUCUCUUUUUAUUAUGAGGGGAGAUAAUUUUUUAUUACACAAGAGAAAUUUCAAAAUAAUCCCUCUCAGCGAUUUUUCCCUCAUAAAUAAGAUGGCCAUUUUACCUUUGGUUAUCAUGUAGCUUCAUAUCUCUGUUAAACUUCUAUCUUUAUAAUCAUUUUUUCUCAUGCUCCUGGUAUUCACAUGUUAAAGCAUUUGUGGUCGAUUUGGUGCCCCAUUAUUUAGUGAACAAUUCACAUCUUUCCAAGUAAAUUAACAUUGUUCUAUCAAUUUUUACUUUCUUUUGUAACACUUAAAGGUCACAAAUUGAAUUUUAAAAUAAGCACUUAAAUUUGAAAUUUAGUUUCAUUUUUUGUCACAGUUUGUCUCAACUAUGUUGUUUUGAGUUUUCUGUGAUAUUAAAUUUAAAGCCCUGUUCUGCCUUUGAGAUCAGUGAUCCUGUCUUAUAAUUGCUCAAGGACCUCUUGUUGCUUGCUACAAUGUAGAAAUAGAUAGAUCCUACAUUUUAAGAAGGUUGUCCCCAACUCUUACUCCUUUCUCUUCUUCCUCAUUUGCAACUCAAGACACAGGCUUGGUAAUAAGGGAGUUUUUUAUUUUUAGUUUUAUUUAAUACUCAUAUUUAUAUCCCCUGUUAGCUUCCUUUCAUCAUUACAAAGUAUUGCAAUUAUUUCAUUGUGGUUAAAAGAGAUAUUAUUUUGUGACUCUUCAAGCUUUCCAGCUUCAAGCUAGUCUUCACGAGUUUGCCACUGGAUCAUGUGCAAAUUACACAAUAUUUCCUCAGAGCAACAGUCUGACAUCUUCAUGUGGUUCAGCCUUGCAAUGUCAUCCAGCGGUAAAGCCAUGAAGACUAUUUACAGAUAGAAUUUUCUUUCAAACUGUUUGUAUAGUAGCUUAGAAGCUACAGUAAUUGUAUGUAUGGUAUACAGUUUUCUUCAGACCACUUAUUGCAUUAUCUACUGUGAUUGCAGUGCUUGUUAAUCAGCUAUUAUAUAUAAUAGGAGAGGUAGCGUAUGCAGCUCAUAAUUAUAUUCAAUGUUUGACAGAAGUGGGCAUACAAUGUGUGUACAGCAGAGGAUGAGCUUGUGUGCAUGUGGGAACUAAUAAAUGAAAAAAAAAAUGUCAAUGUUAUUCUGAUUAUUUGCUUAUGUUAUAACAUAAGUGAAUUUUAAUAGUCUGAAACGUCAAUGAUAAUACUUGAUUUUUACAUAUAUUAAUUUUUUCUGACCGUGUUUAUUGCUGCUGUAAGGUAUAUAGCUAAUACAGUACACAUUGUUUUUUCAGUUCGAGGAAUCUCUUCUUUAUUAUGAAAUUAACUUACAUAAAAUUGAUUGCCCCAGUUUGUAUGGACUGAGAAUUCAUAGUUCCUGUGUCUUAACUAUAUAUCUGUAAUAUUAGCUCAGGUUGCAUUUGGUGUAUAGUAAUCACAUUAUUUCUGUGUAAACCUGAUCAAACAGAUAAAACAUUUUGUGACUGCAGUGGUGUAAUCAUUUUACUGCAGAUAGGAACUACUUAAAUAAAGGAAAAAAUGUUUAUUUUUGUAAGUUUAAUUUUGAAAUUUCUUUUUUAUUUCUGUAUUUUCUCCAAGUCUUGGAAUAAAGUUACAUUUUUUACUGUGAA